CACGUUCAACACCACCACCAAAAUGCGCGAUAAAUUCAUCAAAUCAAGUCGUAUCGAUAAGGCAGUAGCCGCAAUUCAAAGAGGGGAGUUUACUCAUUAUACUAAUGCAGCUAGGGAGUUCAAGUGUGACCGUAGCGCUGUCUCCAGACGAAUCCGUGGCCUCACGAAGUUAAAGAAGGAAGCGAAUUCAUUUUGGUACUAAUGUUUGACUAUCGAGCAAGAGGAGUAUUUAAUUCAUCGAAUUAAUACUCUUACUAAUCGAGGAAUGCCACCGACCAGUUAUAUUAUCAAAAACCUUGCGGAGGAGAUUAAGGGAGGGCCGCUAGGAAAGAACUGGGUUGGCCAAUUUGUGAAGCGUCACUCCAUUAGGCUAAAGAGCCUUUAUUUACGAAAUAUCGAUAAUUUACGUACUAGCGCUGACUCGCAAUGGUAAUUGAGAAAUAUCGAAUUACGGCCGAAAAUAUAUAUAACUUUGAUGAAAAGGGGUUCUUG